AUGGACGGCGACAGGCCGACUACGGCGGCCGCGGCCGCGUCGGUGAGGUCGGUGCUCGGCGACGACGACCUCUUCCGCGAGAUCCUCCUCCGCCUCGGCUUCCCCAACUGCCUCGUCCGCGCCUCCCUCGUCUCCAAGCGGUGGCUCCUCCACGCCUCCGACCCGGCCUUGCUCCGCCUCUUCCGCGAGCGCCACCCACCCCGCCUCCUUGGCUUCUGCGUCAGCAACGACGCCCGGUAUCAGUUCGUGCAGCUCGAGCAGUCCCCGGAGCUCGCCGCUCUCUCACGCCGUGUGGCCUCCUCCUGCAACGCCGCCUUCGGCUGCCGUGGGCCGGGUAUCGGACACAGCCGGAACGGCCGCCUCAUCACCACGCUCUUCCACGGCGGAAGGGUCAAGCACUCUCUCCUCGCGCCGCUGCUCUCCGGGGAGUCCGAGGUCCAGCGGAAAGUCCGUGCGGAAGUAUACGUGCUGGGAUCCGGCGGUUGGGGCUUCCCUGCCACCGCAAUGACAGAGGUCCCGAAUCCUGCAGCCUUCCUUACAAAAAUGCUACCACCCGUCCGUGGCAAGGUUUUCAUGGUGACCAGCUUUGGGUGCAUCCUGGGUCUAGAUUUGGCUGCGGCAAGGUUCCUCAUGCUCGAGCUCCCAGCUGGAGUAGGGCGCAAUUACAUGCUCUCAUCUGCCGAGGGUUCCGGGAUAUAUCUUGUCAAUGCAGACGGGUUUCAGCUCAGUGUGUGGCUCCAUCGGAUGAUGAGCAACAGCGAUGGUGCGAGCGGCUGGCUGCUGGUGGACACAUUUUGUGUCCGCGAGGCAUACAGUUCUGCUGGUCACAAUUGGGUUUGGAUGCCACAAGAUGGCGAUUUUCUUGGUGUUGAUGCAGUUGGGGACAAUGCCGAGUUUGUAUUCUUGGAUUAUGCGAGAUAUGGUGUUGUCCUUUAUGUUCAUCUGAGGAGCAGGGUUGUUAAGAAGGUGUAUGAGCAGGCACCGUAUCAUCAUGGUUUUUUUCGUAUGGGUUUGAGCCACAUACAUGUCUCUCCCUUUAUGAUGGUCUGGCCGCCUGUUUUCCCUGCAAAGAAAAGGGACACAAUCAAGAGCAAUGAUCCCACUGUGCUUUGA